AUGGGGAAUAAACAUGGGAAGCGGAAGAAGUAUGAGUUAUGUGAAUUUCAAUUUGAGAAAGAGUUCGAAGUCAAAUUCCCCUGGAAUGAAAUCGUCCAGUGGGGCAGCCAAGAUGUGAACGUAGACAUGACCCUCGCGGCCAUCGAAAAAACGAUAGAAGAAAUAAAAGACAUAACAACAGAUGAAGAGACAUAUUUUAACAUGACCCAAGUGCAGUGCAUUGAUCCGUUUCACUUUGAUAAUGAUUUGGUUAUGUGGGCCACAUCUCUGUUGAAGGAAAAUCAGAACUUGAGGAGAAUACGAUACAACCUGGUUCCAAAGGUCAUUAGCGAGAACGAGUUUUGGAUGCGCUACUUCUCGGCGAUAAAGCUCAUCGUUACAAAAAAUGCGUUUGAGGGGAAGCAGGGUGGAGCCGCCGGUACGUGA